UAUGGUUGGGGGUUGGGGCAGAGACAGGUGUGUAUUAAUGGGGGUAAAAGACCAGAUCUCCAGUAGCCAGCCUAUGUUAGUAUUGACUCCAUCCUCUGGCUCUUCUGGUUGUGGAAUCACACAUUCUCAUAUAUGUACACAAAAAUGGGCAUGCCUAAGAUUGUGUGCAGAAAAUAAUGACAUGCUAUUUUUAAGAAUGCAAACUGAGAGUAUUUGCUGAAUAUUUGGUGCUCAUUGUAGUUUUUUAACCAUAGAAUGUUGCUGGUUUUUUUUUAGGGAGCUAUUAUUUGUAUGUCCACCCCUACUCCUAUUUUGUUUUAUAUAUAUGGAAAAAUAUAUCUAGUGAUUAAAGCAUAGGACUGGGAGUCGGGAGAUCUAGUUUCUGUUUCUGAAUGUGCCACAGAAAUUGUGUGAUUGGACAAAUCACUUAAACUCUCUAGCUCUGUCUGCACUGAGCUUUAUUUUCAAGCUUCCCUCUCCAUUGUAACUUCACUGGUGCUAGCAGUGGUGAGCGCAUUAGUGUAGACUGGAUGCUGCUGUUUCUACAGCCCUGUCAUUUAACCUUGUUCAAGAACAUGUCUACACGAAAUUACAGUGGCUCUGAAAGUGAAGGACAACUUUUGAGCUCCUUAGUGCAGCAUUUUGGUGACAACCUUGGGAGGAAAGAUAAAAAAAUGCCCUUACUAGAAGAAACCACUCUGACUGGGGACCCGCUCCUGACUGUGCCAAUAGUAAUAAUAGGGAAUGGACCUUCAGGAAUUUGCCUUUCUUACAUGCUGUCUGGGUAUAGGCCAUACUUGUCUCCUGAAGCUGUACAUCCAAAUCCCAUUUUGCAUAGUAAAUUAGAAGAAGCUAGACAUCUCUCUAUUGUUGACCAAGAUUUAGAAUACUUGUCUGAAGGUCUUGAAGGACGUUCUUCCAAUCCAGUUGCAGUACUUUUUGAUACACUGCUUCAUCCAGAUGCUGACUUUGGCUAUGAUUACCCACCUGUUCUGCACUGGAAGCUAGAACAGCAUCAUUAUAUCCCACAUAUAGUGCUUGGCAAAGGACCACCUGGUGGAGCUUGGCAUACUAUGGAAGAUUCUAUGUUGACAAUCAGUUUUGGAGACUGGAUGGAGUUACCAGGACUGAAGUUUAAGGAUUGGGCAGCUAGUAAACGCAGAAGUAUAAAGAGCGACAGAGUUAUGCCAGAGGAAAUAGCUUGUUAUUAUAAACAGUAUGUUAAAGUCAUGGGCCUCCAGAAGAACUUCAGAGACAAUGCUUACAUAACAUCUGUUUCAAGACUUUACCGAGAACAGGAUGAUGAAGAUGAAAGCCAAGUGAGUGAAGAUAUUUCAACACAGCAUUUGCAAAUGGAAAAGGAAGAUGUACAGACAUCACUGAUCAAGAGAAACUGGGAAGUCAGAGGUUAUCAGAGAACAACAGAUGGCUCUCAGGUGCCCUUCUGCCUCUUUGCUGAGAAUGUGGCUCUUGCGACUGGAACUUUUGAUUCUCCUGGCCGACUACAGGUUGAAGGAGAAGAAUUUCCCUUUGUGUUUCAUUCCAUGUCUGACUUUGGAGCUGCCAUCAGCAAAGGAAAACUACGUGGGAAAGUAGACCCUGUCUUAAUUGUGGGUGCUGGACUCUCAGCAGCUGACGCAGUACUGUGUGCUUACAACAAUAACAUCCCUGUAAUUCAUGUGUUUCGUAGAAGGGUUACUGAUCCAAGUUUAAUUUUCAAACAGCUGCCUAAAAAACUUUAUCCUGAAUACCAUAAGGUCUAUCAUAUGAUGUGUACUCAGUCACAUGCUGUGGACUCUAAUCUGCAUUCUGCUUACACCAGUUUUCCUGAGCACCGUGUACUUUCCUUCAAGCCAGACAUGAAAUGUGUCCUACAGAGUGCCUCUGGAUUGAAGAAAAUCUUCAAGUUCUCCGUAGCCUUAGUACUGAUAGGUUCUCACCCUAAUCUGUUCUUUCUAAAGGACCAUGGUCAGGGGAUAGGUCAUAACCCAAACCAGCCAAUCACAUGCAAGGGUAAUCCUAUUGAGAUUGAUCCAUAUACUUACGAGUGCACUAAGGAAGCCAAUCUUUUUGCGUUAGGCCCGCUGGUUGGAGACAAUUUUGUACGGUUUUUAAAAGGAGGUGCACUGAGCAUUGCACGAUGUUUGGCUACAAGACAAAAGAUGAAACAUCAACUAAUUGUUGAAAGAGGCGGGGUUGGGGAUGGUGUCCCCUAAAACAUGCAGUCAUAUAAACGUUCAUAUAUGGAAUUACAGGCAUACUCUAACAAGCAACUCAUUGACAGCUAAAUUAAUUAGUAGCCUCUUCUUUGUCAUGUAUACAAGUUACGCUUGUAUUGCCUGGUAGAGGAUGCGGACACUUUUGAAAAGACAGAAGUGUGGUCUGCUGUUUUAAGUGCUCUGUCCCACAACUGGAAUUUCUUCCAGACAGACAGCGAAUGAGACUAACUUACAGUGACUUGCCUGUGGUCUCUUGCUCAAAUGAAAGCGCACACUUACUCUCUGGAAAGAGAAUGUCUUGCCCGAGCGCUGGUUUUUAUUCUUAGUAUUUCACCACCCAGAAUAUACUUAUCUUUAAAGUAUAAAUCUAAGUUAAGUUGUCAGAGCAGAAAGCUUUCCUUGUGAUGAUCUUUGGUCUCAAAGCAAGUGUGCGUAUUUUGAACAAGGAUUAUAUUUAUUUUGCCAUAGUAAUACUGGCAUGUGUAUAAAUGUUUAUUUAGCCCUUAGUAAAACAGUCUUUACAAUACACAAAGAGGAUUUCUAUAAGCAGAAAGAUUGGCUUAACAGUUAAACCAGAUCCAUCAUAAUUUGGUACUGGGAUAAAAGAGAGGACAGCAUUCCUUUAAGCGUAGCUGCUGAUUUGACAAUCCACUAAUGUUUUUGUCAAGCGUAUGCCUCCACUUCCAUAAGUGCAAAACGACCAUAAUAUAGGGAUAUUAUAGAGAUUUGUUCUCUAUUACACUGCUAUGUAACUUUCCAAGAAUAUUCUGGUUUAUAGUAAAAUAAUAAAGUGCUGAUGUAAGUGCUCUUA